CAAAGUACAUCAAAAAAGACUACAAAAAAAAAGUUGUAAGUUGCGAAUUUCGGUUAAAUUUUCCACAUAGCAUGGACGAAUCUCAUAUUUCCAAAUUUAAUAAAUCGUUUGCAAGAUCUGAACCUAAUCUUCCCCGUUGUAGGCAAAUAAACGUAACGGAAUAUUUCGGUAAUAUUAGCAAUAAUCAUUCGUUGAUAAGACAUUAUAGCUUUAAAGAAUUGCGUGGGGAAUUGGAAGAAUCCUCACAAUUUUUUGCUACAAAUGAUAGCCAUUAUGAGUAUGGAUUAGGCUCAAAUACACCUCAAAUUGAUUAUCAUUUACAUCAAUUUUAUAACAAUGAUUAUUGCUUUGAAGAAACCUUAAAAAAGGAUUUUAACGAUAGUCCUAUGGAUAUUGAUCAAUCCCAAGAGUGUGUGGAUGUAUUGUUAAAAGAAAAUUGUUCCUACAAAACUAAACUGAAUACAAAACCAAUAAAUGAUUUAAACGAGAAAGUUGAAGAAAUAGAGAGUGUUCAAACUAUUGAGAAAAUGACGAAAAAUGAAUCAAAUAAACAAAGUGGGAUGGGUUGGGGUAACAUUAUUUUAAUUUUUGUUGUAGGUGUAUCUCUAAGUUUAGGAUUUUUAAUUUAUACCGAUGUUAAUUUAAUUGACAUUCAAUUGAAUGAUAUUGAGAAUGACCUAAAAUUGAAUAUUUUUAAUCAAAAUCAUAUUAUAGACCGUAUAGUUUUUAAUUUAAACAAAAUUCAUACAAACACAGAAUUUAAGAGGCUUUUAAUUUUAGUGGGUAGCACUGGAGUUGGAAAAACAUUAAUUUUAAAUCGCUUAAAAAUGUUUUACCCUGCAAAGCUGAUUGUUUCUUUAAAUUAUAAUGUAAACAAAGAGAUUAUUGAACAAAAAUCCGAUAUUUUCUUCACAAAUAAAUGCUUCAUUUUAUUAAUCGAUGAUUUAAAAAUAAAUCAACUGGAAAUUAUUGAAAAUUUUACCAAAAAUUUACAAUCUCAAUGUGUGUUCAUGAUUUUAGCUUUUAACGUGCAAGAUACUAAUAAUGAUUUAACACACAUCAUUCGUCACGAACAUUUUAAAGAAAUCUCUCAAUUUUUUAUGCAAAGAAAUUCGAUUUCUGAGACGUUAAUGCUCAAUACUAUGAAUAAAAGAAAUUUAGAAAAUUUUAUUAUUGAUAUUGUUAAGAAAAGGGGGAUGAAUCCUGAUAAACACAUUAAUUUUAUUCAAAAUUUAGUUAAAAAUCAUGAUGUUGAUAAGCAUGGAUUUAAAGGAAUUGUACCAAAGAUAAACCUUAUAGAAUAAUUUAAUGAUAUAAGAAUUUUUUUACAUUUAAUAAAUAAACUUUUUUGCGAUUU